AUGGACACCAGUAUUAUUGUAUUAUUCAAACUUCAUUAUCGUUACCUACAACUUCAACAUGCAAUUGAUCGUGACGAAACCAGGAAGAAAGAUAUAUAUAAAGUCAAUCAAUUGCAGAGAUGUUGGUUCCGCAUGAAAGUCGUAUCUCCUCGUGAUGAAAGCAGAGUACCUGUUGCCCCCACUAUUGUUGAAAGUAUUGAUGAUUUUACUAAUGAAGAUCUGAUCCAAGCUGCGAUAGAAGUGGAACAGGUAGAAGAGGAAUUCGUAAUGCCACCCCUAACUGGAGAAGAGCAAUUGAAUAUUUUGCGUAGUGCCUUGAGAAUCGUAGAUGAAAGAAUUGAUAAUGGUGGUAUUAUAAUAAAAUCCUUACGCAAGCUACAGUCCUGUAUUCGAGAAAAGGUUUGGGAAAAAAAAGAUAAGAAGCAAGUCCAACAUAGAUUGGAUCAAUACUUUACUUGA